UUUCGAUUCUUUAUUUGCACUUCCCGCCCGCAACACCACCCGGUCAUAAUCGUCUUUUUUCCUAUCUCAUUUAGAUCGAAUUGCAUCGUCUAUCCAUCGAGCAUCUUGAAUACAUCCUAUAUCCAAAGAGUCCUCGGAUUGCCAGACCAAGAUGGAAUCCUCCGACGAUAAAGAAUGGGCCUCGAAAUAUCUUCUUGAUCCCCUCAAUGCGCCCGAGCCUUCUCAAGAAGAUGGCCCCGGUAAUGCAUUCCGUGGCGGUCCGUCUGCGGCGCCUAAGGCGACCCCUCCAGGCAGAACGUACUCGGGACGGCGAUUGUCGAAGAACAACCCAUUCCACAAGAGCUCCAAAUCCGAUAUUAGCACAACAGAAGUAAAACGAAGUGUCUCUCUUCAUAGCAAUGGCAAUGCAUAUAGGAAUUCCUCUUCUCCGGCAACUGCCUAUCCUUCUCCGCCGCCAUCCGCAAACAGCCCGAAUGGAGCUUUCUCUUCAGGUUCUCCUCGUUCGCCGAGCCACAGACAAGAAGCCUUCGGAGAACACAGGCCCGGUCGCAGAAGAGGCAGCUCGUUGACGGAACGUUAUCCCGGCGACAAGUCACACCGGCCGUUGGACACUCUGACAAAGGAAAAACAUGUCGCAGACCGCUCUCGCUAUGCCACUAGAAAGCAUCACAUCCAGCCAGACACUAUCGACAGUCUAGAUCACAGUGGUGGAUCUGCAUGGCAUCAUGGCGGACCUUACGAUGCUACCUUGUUCGCCAGAAACAACUCGUCCAAUUCUCCGCUAGCAGCCCUGGCUGAUUCGAAUGCCGAAGCCCUCAAAGCGACACCCAAGGAAAGGGUAAUCGACAGCGUGGUCCGCCAUCGUCCUCUAGACGGGGUAGCGACCUAUGCACCUGGAGAUACCGACCGUAUGGGCAAUAUUUACAACUAUCGGGAGGGUGACAAUAUGAUGAUCGAAGGUGGGCCAGAAGGCGGGGCUUACAAGCGCUGGCCAGGGAUACAGUACCUACCUGAAGAUAUCAAAGGCAAGGGCGAACCAAGCUACAGCAUCGAGAAGGCGCUCAAAGAGCACCACAUCCACGACGAAAAAGUCAGCGCUGAUGGCGGCAUCGAGAUGGAGACGAAGAGCCGUCAUCGAAGUUCGUCUGGCGCUGCGCCACGCAGCAGUUGGGAUGACGAAAACCAAAUUGGUCGAAGCGGAAGUUUCAAGAGGCUGAGUGGGGGUCUCAAGAAGAGAUUUGGUAGUAUCAAGAAGAAGUCUUCUGAAUGAACGUUGGGUAUCUCUGCUUUGGUAAGAUAAGGAUUGGAUAUAUCGGGGCGGUCUCUUUCUUUAAUUGUUCGCUAGUCGGCUGUGGGCUCUUGAAUAUACAAGCACCACGCACCUUAGACUCCUACCAAAAUAUAGCUUGUAUAACUGGUGUAUCAGUUUUUCAAAA